GUGAAUCUAUUAUUCCUAAGGGGUGGUUACUUUUGAACUGCACACUUUGAUCUGCGUUAUCUGUUAUAUCUAAGACUGAUGUCUGGCGGUUACAUUCGUUAUCCGACAACGAUGAAUUAUAUUGUGGUAGCAGACACAUAAUGGUUAAGUCCUGUUCUGUUGUUCAAAGUCCGACACACAUCGACCCAGUAAUUUUGCCCAUGUAAAGUAAAUGGAUCACUCAGCCGAGAAUCAAGCCACUUUUGAACGGGACACCGAAAUGGCAUUCGCCGUUUUCAGAUGUCCUCCCGAAUUACUGCUCAGACCUUUGGUCAGAAACAAUCUAUGUGUGCCACGGCCAUUAAUGAAUCUAACACACUCACAUGUGCGGACGUUAUGCAGAGCGGCAGUGUGCGAGGAAUAUAAUAAACCUUUAGUCAUCAGAAAUAUUCCCAGGGUUGAGAAACUAGGGUCGGGUUUGAUUCGAGUUGCUGUAAAGUGUGUUGGUGUCAACUUUGCUGAUAUACUGUCCUGCAAAGGACAAUAUCAAAAAAAAUUGUCUCCACCAUUUGUGCCAGGAUUGGAAAUAUCUGGUGAAGUUUCUGAGGUAGCUGAUAAUGUGACAACAUUUAAGAAGGGUGACAGAGUGUUUGGUGCUGCUAUAUCAGAUGGAUUUUCUGAAGAGGUUAUUGCUCAUCCCCAGGGUUUAUGGCAUAUCCCUGCUAAUGCUACCUUCACGCAAGCUGCCACAUUGGUGGUAUCUUAUGGUACUGCUAUGUUAGCACUGGAACAGAGAGCACAUAUCCAGCCAGGUGAGACAGUGUUAGUCACAGCUGCAGCUGGUGCUGUGGGAUUGGCAGCAGUGGAUAUUGCAAAGAAUGUUUAUAAUGCUAAAGUAAUAGGUGCAGCUGGAGGACCAGAAAAAUGUGCCUUACUGAAAAGAAAAGGAGCUGACCAUGUAAUAGAUUAUACAAAGGAAAGUAUUCGAGAAAAAGUGAAAGAAUUUACUGGUGGGAAAGGUGUGAAUAUUGCUUUUGAUAAUGUUGGAGGAACAUCAUUUACGGAAUGCCUAAAAAGCCUGGCAUGGGAUGGUCGCAUCCUAGUUGUUGGCUUUGCAGGUGGAAACAUUCCAAAAAUACCAGCUAACUUACUACUACUGAAAAAUGCCUCAGCCAUUGGAGUAUAUUGGGGAGAUCAUUUACACCAUAAUCCAGGUGCUCUGAGGAAAUCAGUCACUGAUGUCUUGGACCAUUUUGAAGAUGGAAAGAUCACACCUACAAUUUCAGAAACUUUUCCCUUAGAAAAGAUCAAUGAAGCUUUUGAAUAUAUCACAUCUCGUAAAUAGACCGGUAAAGUUGUGAUAAAUAUCCAUCAAUGAAGAAGGAAAGAAGUUGCUCUGAGAAUCAGAAUCACUUUUGAUAGAAAUGAAGUGGAUUUGAACUUAAAACAGAUAUGGCACUAAUCUUGCAUAUGGAGAAUUUUCAUUUGAAUAAGUUUUCGAGGGUUACUUGACUGAGCGAGCACUGACCUAAACUUUAAUAAAAAUAAAAUGUGCCAGUGGGUAAUUAUUGUCUGGGCAAAGAUCAUUGCAUCAUAUUCAAUGUGGGUCCCAUGCUACGUAUACAAUACGAGUAAAUUACAUUAUUUUUUUUUACAUGAAAUUUGAACAUAUAUGUGAAUAAAAUUAUAUGUGCCAAAG